UAUAGGAAAUGCGUUUUUCUAAGGUACAUAAACUUUUGGGAUUGACUGUAUAGCCAAUACAUCCUCAAGAGUCAGCAAUUUUGGAAUUCGUUCACUGCACAUGAGCAAAAAACACCAACACGGCCACGAUCUUAUAGACUAUAAGAUCGUGGGCACGGCCCAACCGGAACCGAGACCCGCGAGACCGGGACCGGGACCGGGACCGGGACCGGGAUCAGACCAACCGGGAUUGACCGCAUUGACUGGUCACGGUCACGAUCAUCCCGAUACAAGCCACGAGCUAAGGUUACCAGCUACCACUAUCACUACCAAACCCACGCCCACGCCGUGUCGGCUGGUGAGUGGAUGCGGCGAGGUCAUUCAACGGCCUUGGCGGGGUGUGGGACGAUCUCCUUGUGGAGUCUGCUUCCCCCUUCCGUCUUUGGAAGUCCACCUUCUCGCCCAAGUCUUUCCUCUCUCUGAUUGACAUGUUAUAUUACAAUAGA